CAGUCUUCUCAAUGUGAAUUACACAAUGGAAGAUCAAUCAUCUGUAACUAAGAAAGUUGAUGAAAUUUCAAAUGAAUCAGUUAAAACAGUAGAUCCAUAUCAAAGAAUUCGAUCCUUGGAAAAACUUCUCUCUGAAGAACAUCAACAUACUUUAAUUUUACAAAAACAUUUAGAAAUAGCAUCGAAAUCCAAUAUUUCUAUUGAUCAAAAUUCUAUAAAACAAUUAGAUUGUAAACGAAGUGAGAUAUUACAAAAGGAGUUGGAUGAAAAAGAAGAAAUACUUGAUGCUCGUGAUGAACAAAUUGCUGAUUUAAAAUCACGUGUUGAACAAAUGCGUAAAAUGAAUGAAGCAAUGCGUGCAUUAAUGGAGAAGGAACCAAGUGAAAUCAAGUCACAAAAACUGGGGACCAAUGUUGAAAUAACUAGUUAUAAAAAAGAAAUUGAAUGUAUGAGAAAAGAAAUGCAAAUUAUUCGAAAUAAUCUUACACAAGCUGAAAAAGUAAAAGAGAAAUUAAUGAAAGACAAUAGAGAACUUCAAGAAGAAUUAAAAUUACGAGAAGAUUCAAUAUUUGAACAAGAUGAUGAAUUAGAACGACGUAAUAAUGAAAUACGUGGACAUAAAUCAUCUAUUGAACAAAUGAAACGUGAGCUGGAACAAACAAAACGUGAUUUAGCUCAAGCCAAAGCUGCAGAAAUCAGUGGAGCAUCUUGUCGUUUAAGUACUAAAAUUGCAGAAAUUGAAAGACUACGAGCUGAGUUGAAUACUACUGCACAAGAGUUGAAAGAUACAAAAGUGAAUCGUGAUGAACUUAAAAGAAUCGUUGAUCAGAAUGAAGAUACUAUGAAACAUCUUGGCAAUGAAGUACUUCAAUUACGUACUGCUAUUACUGAAAAAGAUAAAAUGUUAACCGAAUUACAUGCAUAUUUGAAAGAAUCUAGGCAAAAUACAGAAAAUAUCAAAUUACAAUGUGAAAAUGCUGAAUCAAAACGAAUAGAUGUUGAGAAACGAUAUGAAGAAUUAAAAGACCGACUUACAAAUAAAGAACAAGAAUUGAAAAAUCUACGUAAACGUAUGGAAGAAGCAGUUUUAAUGAGUACUACUACUAAUACUACUACCAAUAAUAAUAGUAGUAUUAAUCAUAUUAAUCGUGAUUCAAGUCAAUCAGAUAAUAAUAAUAAUAAUCUUACAAAUCGUGAAUUAAUGUUAAAUCGACGUGGAUUUGAAGUGGAUAAAUUAAGAAGAGAAUUAUCAUUAACUAAACGUGAAAAAGAUGAUUUAUAUAUUGAAUUAAAAAAAUUACGUUGUAAAUUAGAUAAAAGGCAUACAUCAGAAGAAAGAAGUAGAAAGGAUAUAACUGGUUAUCUUACGAAUUUCAAUAUGGGUAAUACAUAUGCAAAAGCAAUUGCAGCUCAACAGCCUAAUACAAAAAUCACUUUACUUAAUGAACAUAUUAAUAUAUUGAAUCGUACUAAUAUUGAAUUAAAAAUACAAAAUGAAUCAUUACAUAAUAAUGUUAUUGAUUAUCAACGACGUUAUCGUAGUAUUAAAGAACAAUAUGAAGGUGAACAAGAAGCAUGGAUUACAGAAAGACUUGUACUAGAAUCAAAAGCGAAAGAGCAAGAAGAUCGUCGAACAACAAUUAUGAAUACACGGAAAUUACUUCAAGAUACAAGUGUGAAAUUGUUUGACUUAGAGAAGGAAAGUGAAAAGAAAUUAAUGAAUUUACAAACUGCAUAUGAAAAGUUAGAAAAAGAGAAACAAGCCAUUGAG